UUUGCUCUAAUCAAACCCUAAAAUAUAGAAACUCGAAAAAUGCUUACCCCGAAAGCACAGGGCCCAGUCCGAAAGCACCUGAAAAAUGCUUUCACACUAUAUGGGCCUAAGCAACCCAAGUUUGUCAACUUAUUAGCCGCCCAUGUUUUUGGUACCUACACCGAAAUGAUAGAAACUCGCAAGGAUGCGAGGAGCAACGAUGGUAAAUGGUUGGUUAUUUUCACACCCCCACCCCACCAUAGGGCACAUACAGUUGAGCAAAUGACUCCCCUUCACAAAUCCAGACUAAAUGUCAGUCCAAAACCUCCUCAAAACCCUCAAAUCUGUGAAGCGAACUCACUCACCGAGCCUCUCUUCUUCAAGACCUUUUCAAGAUAUCCCAGAAUUUGUCUCCAAAGUCUUGAGCAACUCAUUCCCCGACACCCUCGAUCUCACCCUCCCCAAUAUCAAUGUCACACAAUUACACCUCAUUCUCUCGAACCCAAAUCUCAAACCCUCUAGUUGCUUACAUUUCUUCAAUUUUAUCCUCAAAAACCAGUCCCUCGUCUCAUUCAGGCCUGAUCUUCAAGCCCACUUGACCCUAAUUUCCAGGCUUGUCAAGGCAAGAAUGUUCGCGGAUGCAGAGGAUAUCUUGAAGUCUGUAUCAGUUGAUGAAAAUCUCAGGUACCCUUUUCUGGUUAUAGCUCCGGCGAUUGAGAAUUGUUGUUCUGAACCGCGUGUUGUGACAAAGAUUUUCAAUUUGUUGCUUAAAGUUUAUUCUGAUAAUCGAAAGUUCGAACAAGUUGGGGAGACUUUUGAUUACAUGAAGAACGUUCGAAUCAAGAUUGAUGAGAGAACUUGUACUGUGCAUUUACUUUCCCUUAAGAGAAAUAAUUUAGUGGGACUGGCUCUACGCUUCUUCUAUCAAAUGGUAGAAUUGGGUAUUCAUAUAUCUGUGUAUUCUUUGACAGUUGUGGUGGAGGGUUUCUGUAGGAGUGGAGAGAUCAAGAGGGCUAGGGAACUGGUGGAGGAAAUGGUUGGUAGAGGAAUAAAACCAAAUGUCAUUACAUACAAUAUAAUGAUUGAUUGUUGUGCGAAGAUAUGGAAUUUCAACGAGUUAGAUAUGAUAUUACAAUUAAUGGAAAAGGAGGGACAGGCAUUUGAUAUUAAGACAUACAAAAUUUUGAUUGAUGGCUUCACAAGUGCUGGCAAGGUUGAAGAAGCUGAGAGGUUGAUUUCAGAGAUGUAUCAUAGAGGUAUAAAAGUAGAUACAUAUAUGUACAAUUUGAUUAUAAAUGGGUAUUGUAGACUGGGAAGUAUGAAAAAGAUAAACUCUCUGUUUGAAAAAAUGAAACAUAGAGGAGUCCAUCUGAAUGGAGAUACGUAUUGGGCUAUGAUCAAUGGCUUGUGCAAGGCUGGGGAGAUGGAAGUGGCGAUGCUUUAUGUUAGUGAGAUGCUGAGCAAGGAAUUUCAGGUGGACGUGGUGAUAUUCAAUACAUUGGUUCAUGGAUUUUGUAGAAAGGGAAUGAUUAAUGAGGCUUUUGAGUUGCAAAUUGAGAUGGAAAGGAUUGGAUUUGACACUGAUGUUUCUUUAUGUAAUAGGAUUGCAACUGGGCUAUGUGAACUAAAUCGGGGGGAUGAGGCAAAAAUGUUGCUCAGCAGGAUGAUUAAAAAAGGCAUUAGCCCAAAAAUGAUGAGCUUCACCUCUUUGAUUGGAACAUGAAUUUGUUGGAGAUGAAUUGGUUACUACUUAAUGAACUUUGGUUCUGUCGGCAUGGGAUUAUGACUAUUUUAUGAAAGGAUAAUUGGUUGCAGGAGACAGAGGUGCUAGCUUGAUUAUUCAGUGGAGUCUGAGCUCUAAAACUGUGAGCUUUGCCUCCUCAAUGGCAUAAAUUUCAAAGAACAUAAUCUAAUGGGAGACAGAGGGUUGGUGCUUGGUGCUGGAGGUAGACUACUCAGAAAGCUCAAAAACUGGUGAAGAGCUUGGCUUCUUGGUUCUGUUAUAUCUGUAAUUUUGGUCCUGGCACUGUGGUUCAAUUACAUAAAGGGGGCUGGAAAGCUUAGAAAUGUGAUCAAGCUCAAUUUGAUUUUGAGACCUAGAUGUCACAUUAAUGAGUUCUGUUAUUGAGAAGCGACUGGGUAAAAAGAAUGCUUAGUGAAAUACCUGAGACUAUUAGACAGUUUUCGCCUCAAUAGCAGAAUGCUUCAGCCCCUCCAAGGGAAUGUCAAUCGUACAAAAUGUGGAUAUACCAAGAUUAUAAUCAAUCAAACUUUCGUGAGGGGAAAUAUUAUUUGCCCUUGGAUACAAGUGUCUAUUCACCUGAUAUGGGCAAUCAGGAACUUACAACCAAAUGCUGAUGAAGUUACAGUUUAACUACAUGUCACUUAGGUAUAUCCUUUUUUUUCCUCCUGAAACAAAUUACAGAACUGUAUUUGGAUCCAACAGGCUUUUUACUACCUGCUGCAGAUGUCAGGAAAUUUGAUUUGUUGCAUUCCAUUUGUUGUCGUAAGGCUUGCAGCACUUGUAUUAGAAUACGUUUCAUAUUCUAUGUUUGAGAAUGGAAGGGAAUACCUGGAUUAUUGUGAAACUUGUUGCAAAGGUGAAAGUGGUACAUAUCAGGUCACUGAAUAACCGGGCUACCUUUUAGUGUCCGCUGCCCCAAGUGUGAAGUGGGCUGCUCAUUACGAAAAUGAAAGCCAUGCAAAGUUUGGGCCACCAAACACGUUGAUUUUGAUGAUCUGCCGUAGUCCAAGUUUCCAGAUCUUUAUACCCUAGCCUAGGACAAGGAAGCCACUGCAGGAGCCAAUAUAUGACUCUCAUACAACGGGGUUGCUUUGUACUUUGAUUCACAAGAGAGGCUGUGGACUGAGAAUUGGAGGAAUUCAACUCUUUUUUGUAAGCGACAUACAGGGUAAAGGUAUACCAAAUGCUACUACAUUGGCGCAGGGCACAGAAUAAAGAGGAGGUUCUUUUGAAAUCAAGAACUGCUACUUCAUUCUCUUCCAAGCAAAGGUGAGGUUAGCACCAAUUUUUCUUGGAAACAAGUUUGGAGUUGAAAGUAGCUAAAUUGACUUUAUUUUCCCUAAAGGAUUAAGAAACAGAACUGUUGCUCUGAAGCUUGUGGUUGCCCAUAAAUAAGCAAAGUUCAGAAUGUUGUUUUUGUAGAGAAUAAGACGAGGGGAUUGUAUACUGCGUGGGGUGGCACUCCAUUUAUGCCCCAAUCAAUAAAAUUCCUCAGAUGCUAAGACAAUCCUUUCAUUUCUGA